ACCCAGCCACAGCUUGCCAGCCUUGGGUACUGCCUUUACCCCUCAGCAUCUCCCUCAUUUCUGAGGAGCGCAGCCCUGAAGCACCAGCUGCUCUCCAGCAUCACCCUAUUUACUAUUCAAAUAGCCCUGCAGAGAGAAAACUUUUUCCCCCUCCCUUCCCUGCUGUGAACAAGUGCUGAUUGCUCAGACAUGCAAUGCACACACAGAGCCACCGUGUUGAUCUGAUCACAAAGCCGGGGGAACGUCAGCAUCCCAGACACCCUCCUCCAACUCGGAGCAGAGGGAAGAGGCUCAGCAGUGCCAAGCAGCAGGUACCAGAGGUGCGGAGGGAGCCGGAUCCGCUCACCAGGGGACCCUGGGAGUGUCAGAAACUUCAUUGUGUGAGAUCUCAGACAAUGCAAGGAGCGGGAGCCUGACACAAAGGCGCUAAUUAAACACUGCAACGCUUCUGCUCAGGCAUGGAAAAACAAGCACUGUGCAAGUGAAACAGCAGCCGUCCUUCAAGACCUCCGAGGGCUGUGAAUAGCUGACCAGGCACAAAGCUCCCUCUCUGCCCUCCUUGUUCCUGCUGGCCCCAGGACGACUCUUGCUGCAGAUGGUUCAACUGGAGCCACUUGACUUCCCCAGCAAAGAAAAGCCAAAGCUCACCGGGAUGCUCCGAGUUCCUUGAUUGAUGUAAGGAGCUAUAAUUCUCAUUUCUUUCAUUCAUGGAGCCUUAUGUGUGUUUCAAUAGGGUUUUUUCCUCCUGAUCCCUUCAAAAAUUUAACUUCUCCAAUGGUGGGGGACAGGAGAGGUAAGUUAUAUGGUCCAUGCUGUCUCACAACCCACUCUUUGGAAAUAAUCCACUUCUGAAUAGGGUAGCAGCUGCUUCUCACAGAAGAAGAGGCUCUCUUCUGGGCUGGCAAGGCUUUCAAUGACUGCUGAGGGUGGUUUGUGACCAGCAGGCAUGGGAAACAGCUCUCUUUGGGAUGCUCUGAACAGCACCUGCAGCAAUACAGGCAACAGCUGCUACCUGGACAACAGUAUGAGCUUCAACUUAACAUUCCAAGAGCAGGCAGCUGAUUUCUAUGUUGUCCUCCCAGUGAUUUACUCUGUGAUCUGUGCUGUUGGGCUCACAGGCAACACUGCUGUCAUCUAUGUGAUCCUCAAGGCCCCCAAGAUGAAGACUGUGACAAACAUGUUCAUACUGAACCUUGCUAUAGCUGAUGACUUGUUCACACUUGUCUUGCCCAUUAAUAUUGCUGAACACCUCCUCCACUACUGGCCCUUUGGAGAAGUCCUCUGCAAGGUCAUCUUGUCCAUAGACCACUACAAUAUCUUCUCCAGCAUUUAUUUCCUGACAGUGAUGAGCAUAGACAGGUAUCUGGUUGUACUGGCUACAGUCAGGUCCAAGAGGAUGCCACAUCGUACAUACAGAGCAGCCAGGAUUGUCAGCUUGUGCAUCUGGAUCCUAGUCACCAUCAUAGUUCUCCCUUUCAUCAUCUUUGCCAAUGUCUACAUAGAUGACCUGGAGAUCAAGAGUUGCGGCCUCAACUUCCCCAAGCCUGAAAGAUUCUGGUUCAAAGCCAGCAGGAUCUAUACCCUCAUUCUUGGCUUUGCCAUUCCAGUAUCCACCAUCUGCAUCCUCUACACCAUGAUGCUCUACAAGCUAAGGAACAUGCACUUGAACACUAAUGCUAAAGCCCUGGACAAAGCUAAGAAGAAAGUCACUAUCAUGGUCUUCAUAGUCCUGGCUGUGUGUCUCUUCUGUUGGACCCCCUUCCACUUGGCCACCAUUGUGGCUUUGACCACUGACUUGCCCCAGACCUCCAUGGUCAUUGGUAUAUCCUACUUCAUCACCAGCCUAAGCUAUGCCAACUCCUGCCUGAAUCCUUUCCUUUAUGCUUUCCUGGAUGACAGUUUCCGGAAGAGUUUCCGGAAGAUGCUGGAAUGCAGAACUUCCUGAACAGUGGAUUGGGGCUCAGAUCCCUUCCCUCCCAUGGCUUUGAAGGCUAACUUUGCAGACUAAGGGGUGGCCAAUGAACGCACAAUGUUCUUUCUUUCAUUUACACGUAAUGAAUGUGUCUGUAUCAUUAUCAUUCACGUUUGUCCUGCUUACUUGCAGCUCUUGCCUUUGCCCUCUCUGCACCUCUCAGUGUCUCAAAGUAACAUUUCUAUAGUCUUAGUUUUAAUUACACACUCUGAAGUACUAAGGACAGAAAAGUUCUUUUUCGGAGGCAUGUCUACUGCAUAGUGGUGCUUUAUUGCCAUCUGCUGUACAGCACAGACAAGCUGGAGAAGAGUUCUCAGACUAAUGUCGUGCUCAGUCCUUAAUAGCUGUGUUAUUUAGAGAAUUGCUUCAUGGAACAGAGCUAAUGAGCACUUCCAAUGGAACAUCAAUAAAAUGGACAGAGGGUGCCAGAUGGGUAUUCGGAAAACAAACCAUUUUCACGUCCACAUAUGUGCGUUAUGGCUUUUUGAGGGAUGUCUGUUUUCCACCCCAAAUUCCCUCAUUCCUGAGCUGUUACCCAAGUUGAAUUUAAACCAAAAGCAAGACUUAGGUCUUGUGUGCUAAACACAAGUGUGAGUGUUAAACAACAUACCAUAAAAAUACUGUGGGAAUGUGUGUUAGAAAUUAUUUUUAACUACUUGUUCCUGUUAAGUGUCAAAUGUAUAUUUAUUCAAGAGUGAUUAAUGAAAUAAACCUCAUGAGAAAAA